AUGGGUGAACUGCUGGAAAAGCACCAGGCUGCUCUUCGAGCCGCACAUGGGAGCCCGUCUCCAAGGAAACACGCUAGCCCGGCAAAGGGCGCACGCACUUUUGCGGCGAUCCCUGGUAGCCAUGGCAAGAUAAAACCAUCUGUGUCGAGCCCGAACGCCCGCCGGGUCAAAAAGCAGAGUCACGAGGGAAUCUACUCCGACAAGGAGAACGCUCCAGCCACGGGUGAAUCGCUUGACGUGCUGAAAAACCCCAAGCGUCGUGGCAAGCCGGGCGCUGCUGCAGGUGCAUCGCGCGUCGUCUCUCAGGAGGUGCGAGGCGCGGACUACCGCAUUCUUUCACCCAAGUCGUCCAACUCUCGGACCUAUCCUCAAUCGCCGUUGCGUGCUUCUCCCGAAAAGCCUCAGAAUUCUUCAUACCUUGCCCGGCCAAUGUCACCCUUGAAACCAUCCAGCCCACUCAAGUCCACGUCUGCUAGUGUCUCCCGUUCUACGAAGGGUGCUGCUUCCACUUCGAUGGUCGGCAGGCCACCAUCGCAGGCUAAGAGACCAUUAAGUAGGGCCGCAGCGAGCACGAAAACCACACGAUCACCUUUACCGCGCCCCGCAACGCGUCAACUCGAGCGCAGAGGUAGUGUUUCAUCUUCUGCGUCGUCGGGGACCACCGUCGCAAGGCCUACCAGAACCGGAGCCGGGGCCAGGAAAGCGACAACAGCGUCGACAGCUAGCUCCACGAGCAAGAAGACGGCCAGCCGAAAUUUGACGUCUGCAAGUGCGAAACAGACCGCUGCUUCUGUGUCCCGGAAGGCAACAGGGCCGGCAGGUGAAGCUCCAACGGGACGCCGGGUGUUGCGCAAGCGUGCCUAG